GGAGGAGUAAGAGAAAACAGCGCAAUCGUGACUUAACAGGUUGGAAAGAAGACGAGCAAAAAGCGGCUCCUUGGUUCUGCGCUUUCACUUUUUUAUUCACUUGAUUUUUUUCCGGGUGCUUCGUCUAAUUGGAACCGAUUCGAAAGCAACCAUCAGAGAGAGACCCUGGAAGUGUGACCUUCUGUUCCAGCGUGCCAAGCCAAGUUUCUGCAAGUUCAUCGCCAUGUCUGCCCCUGGUUACCCAGACCCUUACAACCAGGCGUCCUAUCCCAUGCCUCAGCCUGGGGGCCACUCCGUCGCUCCAUAUCCGGUUCCCCAGGGCGGUUAUGGAGACCCCAGUCAGGCUCCUCCACCAGGAUUUAACAUGGGCUACAACGCAGGCCAAGCUCCAGUCAUGUAUCAGCCGGGACAGGUGGGCCCGGGUCCAGUUCAAGGGCAGGAGUAUGGUGGCGGUCCAGGAGCGAUCUCCCCGGCCCCGGUCGGCGGUCAACCCGCGGUUGCUGUCGGGGUCCCGCCGGGGCUCGAGUACCUCACACAGAUCGACCAGAUCCUGAUCCAUCAAAAAGUUGAACUCCUAGAAGCAUUCAUCGGUUUCGAGACUAACAACCAGUAUGAGAUAAAGAACAGCCUGGGCCAGAAGAUCUACAAGGCCAAGGAGAAGAAUGACUGCUGCACCAGGAACUGCUGCGGUUCUCUGCGCAGCUUCGACAUGAAGAUCAAGGACAACAUGGACAGGGAGGUUAUCCGUCUCGUACGGCCUUUCCGCUGCGUUUCCUGCUGGUGUCCCUGUUGCCUUCAAGAGAUGGAGGUCCAGGCCCCGCCGGGAACCACCGUAGGGUACGUCAAACAAGACUGGCACCCUUUCCUGCCACGAUUUUCCAUCCAGGGACCAAACAAGGAGACCGUGAUGAAACUGGAGGGGCCCUGCUUUGCCUGCAACUGCUGUGGGGACGUCAACUUUGAGCUGAAGACGAAAGAUAGCGACAAAGCCAUCGGUCGCAUCAGCAAGCAGUGGAGCGGCCUUCUCAAAGAGGUCUUCACCGACACGGACAACUUCGGCAUCCAGUUCCCGCUUGACUUGGACGUGAAGAUGAAAGCCGUGCUGAUGGGAGCCUGCUUCCUUAUUGAUUUCAUGUUCUUCGAGAAGGUCGGGGAGGCCAACCAGCGCAGCACCGUGUUUUCAUAACGGAGGGAAAAAAAAAAAAAGAAGGUUGAAAGAACAGCAUCAGUUUUCUCCUGUUAUGAAUUGUUUAUGCUUUGUUUAUCCACAUGUUUUUUGGUGGCAGUCCCAGAAUCGGUUUAUACAAACACAUUGAGCAAUAUGGCCCCAAAAAAGCUUGAUUGAAUUUUCUGGAACCUUGGUUGACUUGGCCGCCAAGUUGCCGGUGUUUUUUGUUUUAUUUACACUCCAUACAGUUGAUCUAUUUUUAGAUGAAGGAGCAUACCUCCAGCUAAGACUUAAUCCUUGCCAAAGAAAGUCAACAAUACCCUGAAUGCCUUCUUCAGGGCCUACACAUACAAACCAGCAAGCACACACAUACUUGUGAAUGUGCUUUAUGCUGCACUGGUGUUUCACCUUUAUCCUGUUUGUUUUUCUAUUAUUAUUACAACACUCGUGCAUUAAGAAGAAAAUGGCAGUGAAUCUAGCAUAAGUGAAACACUGUUGUUGUCAUCAUCAAACUAUAUUCCUUGUAGGUUUUUUCCAUUAUAGCAGCUAGCCGAUGGCGGUGUCAGACCACCACUAUGGUCUUGACGGAUUGUAAAGACAUGCACUUUUUAUGUUAAACAAGUUCUUUCCAGUACUUCAGCUUAUCACCAAAUACCUACAAGACUGAUUAUAUCCCCUUCAGUCUCAUCCGCAUGUUGUGGUAAUUAACACACCAAAGUAAGAUGGUUGACAUGACGAAUAACACAUCUGCAUGUUGUAGAUAUAUUUGCAUGCUGACAUUUAUCUUUAACCAACAAGACUCCUAACUGCAGAUUUUUUUAAAAUGUUUUUUUUAAUAAUUUAUAAAAAGCUUUAUAGAAACACAAGCUGCAGUACACGGGCUGCUUUUGCUUGUGAAAGGAAGUUGUGGCUGCGAAAGUGAGGUGACGAAGAGGUUGUGACACAUGCUGUGUAAUUUACCAAAGUGCUCUUUCUCUAGCUCUCCAUGGCCUUUUCUCUCCCCCCCUUACCCUGCAGUGUACAUAACAAAACUGCUGCAUCGUCCGCUGUGUAAAUGCUCCCUCGGUGGUUCUUGUGUUUGCCAUGGACACAGCCAGACUUCGCCCUCCAGUUUUCUCCAGAUACCACUGUGUUAGACGUGCGCCAGAUAUUGGUCAGUGGCAAUGAAGUUUAAUAGUAGACAGAAGGACAAAUCUAAGUAUGGCUGACUUCAAAGUGGCUGAAAAAAAACCCACCAGUGAAAGGUUUAAGGAUAAGUAAGUUAGUGUGAACUUUUUUUUCCAGCUCUGUUCUUUAGAAUGUUUUAAUAAUGACAGGUUUGAAAUGUUGAAGCUCUCUGUUCUGUAUUCACUCUAUGUUGUCAUGAUACGAUGGGUGUGCCUCCUGUGGGGUUUGGUUUUCCCUUUAAAUCCAGACUGCACCUCUCUACUACACAGUCAGGAACUAAAUACUGCCUGUGUAUAAUAUGCAACGACCAGUAAUCUGACCUCUGAUUAGGAAGUAGCCAAACAAUGUGCAGUGCAAUUAAAGCAGUCAUUUGUUCACUAACAGUUUGAUAUUAACCCGCAUGUGCGUUUUAUAUUGAUUACAUGUGCGGCUGGCGGUCGCAUGCUUCCUAUUUUUUAUCAAAACUGUUUUGCAUCGUUUUACUCGUGAUUGUUCGAUUUCUACCGAAACCACAAAUAAAUGUAUUUUAGAAAUAAAACAAAUGCCAUUGUUGA